AUGUCGCCGGCGAGAUUAUCACUCCGCGAGGAGGACAUCGUGCGGUUGGCGCUGGAGUUUCUCAACAACCGCGAGCUACACAUCUCGCAGCUGUCGCUCGAACGCGAAACGGGCGUCAUCAACGGACAGUACUCGGACGAUGUGCUGUUCCUGCGGCAGCUCAUCCUUGACGGCCAGUGGGAUGACGUGGUGGAGUUCAUCCAGCCGCUCGAGGCGCUGCAAAACUUCGACAUGAAACAGUUCAAGUACAGCAUCCUGCGCCACAAGUACAUUGAGUUGCUGUGCAUUAAAUCGGAGGCCGGUGGGCUCGCGGCCGGUCCGCCUCUCAUCAACAACGUCGAAGGUGCCGUUGAGGAGGUAGUCCAGGUGCUGGGUGAGCUCGAGAAGCUGUGUCCUUCGAAGGAGGAGUACUCGGGCUUGUGCCUGCUGCUGACGCUUCCCAAACUCGGCGAUCACAUGCAGUACCGAGACUGGAAUCCUAGCAAGGCCCGUGUGCAGUGCUUCCGGGAGAUCUUCCCGCUGGUGGAGAAGUUUCUGCCCGGUGACAAGAAACUCGGUUCAGCCGGUGGGCUGUUGAGUGCGAAGAAUGACCGGCUGGUGCAGCUGCUGAUCAAGGGUGUGCUGUACGAGUCGUGUGUGAACUACUGCCAGGUGAAGGCAACCGGGACGGCGGACUCGGCGAGUCAGAAAAUCAACUUCUCACGUGUGCUGGAUGGCUCGAUAGGAUUUACCGACUCCGAUCUCUCGCUACUGAGCUGGCUCCAGAGCAUACCAGCGGACACGUUUUCGGUGCCGUUCGAACAGAAAACACUCAACGUGGACGUGGAGCGCCUCGAGAAACCAUCGCUCGAAACCUCCUGGACCGAGCACAUGCUCAUCACGCCAAUCAAGCCGAAAACGUUCCCUCACUCUGUGAUGCCAUUCACGCGGCCACGAAGUGCCGCCGACAUCAUGACCCGCUCGCUGUUGCCUUCGCUGGAUGCCGUCUCGAGUUGUCUAAACCCGAAAGCACCGAACGAAUCGUUCCCGAUGUCCCGUUCCAGUUUCGCCAGUUUCCACCUGACCGGCAUCAAGCCGAGCAGCGGCAAGCUGAUGACCUCCAGCGUGGACCGGUUAUUUGAGAACGGAGACGGCGGCGAGACGUACCGGAGCAGUAACUUUGCGGAGUACCAGCAGGGACUCCCGUCGAUUGACGAGAUUGCUUCCGUACAGUCGAAAUCACCCGACCUGCAGGCGGUGGCCGGUGCCGUGGUCAAAGCGUGCGACAUUCAUCAGAACAGUGCCGAGCGGGACAGUCCCAACACGACCAACUCGACCGCCAAGAGCUCCCGGCGGGACUCGCUGUCCGAGAAGGUAACGACGGCGCAACAACCGGUGCCAACGGGACUCCCGCACCACAGUCAACCGCAUGCGUCGGUGCCUCCGUCAGCGAUCUCAACGCCAGGCAGUACCGCCGGUCCAAACAGUGCCAACAGUCCGGUGCCACUCAUACCGGCAGGGGCUUCUCUACCACCGCCUAACGUUGCUGGGGUCAUCUACGAUCAGCCCAAACCAACAGUGAACCCCGCAAACAAUCCUCCAGCAGCCAAUAAUUACGGAACGAUCAACGUUAACACAACCACCGACGGUGCUGGAGGAGGUGGCGAGUUGUACGAAAAGUUCAAGCAACAGAAGCAGAACAAGGAGAGUGACUAUAUUAUGAACGGAAACCCCACAAUUGUUCCGCCGGCACAUAUGAACAACGCAGGACCUACGUCGCCAGCAUUGACCGGCCAAACCAACGGCAAUGGGGCACCACCGGUUAUGGGAGUGUAUCCAUCGGAAGACAUGAUCGGGAACAAGGAUUAUGAGCAAUCGGACCAAAAUCGGCCACGAUUUGUGGCGGUGACCACACUCGAGGAUGUCCAGGCGGUGCGUUGUGCGGAGUUCCACCCGAACGGACGCAUCUACGCGGUUGGUUCGAACUCGAAGACGUUCCGCAUCUGCGAGUACCCAUCGCUUUCGGAGAUCAGGGAAGAUCACAGUACCUACCAACCUACAGUGCUGUUCAAGCGAACGAAGCACCACAAGGGUUCGAUCUACUGCAUGGCCUGGUCACCGGCAGGUGAUCUCAUCGCGACUGGCUCGAACGACAAAACGGUCAAGCUGAUGCGCUUCAACGAAUCGCAAAAGCAGCUCGAGGGCCAAGAGAUGGAGCUGACCAUGCACGACGGUACGGUUCGGGAUCUGUGCUUUCUCGAGGAUAGCUCGAACAAAUCGAGCCUACUGAUCAGUGGAGGCGCGGGUGACUGUAAGAUCUACGUCACGGACUGCGAAACAUCCACCCCGUUCCAGGCGCUCAGUGGCCACGGUGGACACGUCCUGUCGCUCUAUAACUGGGGUGGCGUGAUGUUCGUGUCCGGAUCGCAGGAUAAAACCGUGCGAUUCUGGGAUUUGCGUACGCGAGGAUGCGUCAACAUGGUUACCCCCGCCACGUCACCGGGCUCACGGCAAGGAUCACCGGUGGCGGCGGUUUGUGUCGACCCAUCCGGUCGAUUGCUGGUGUCAGGCCACGAGGACAGCUCCUGCGUGCUGUACGACAUCAGAGGCAACCGACCGAUCCAAUGUUUCAAACCACAUUCCGCCGAUGUCAGAUCUAUUCGAUUUUCACCCUCCGCGUACUAUCUGUUGACCGCCGGUUACGAUAACAAGCUCGUCCUGACAGACCUUCAAGGAGACCUCACGAUGCCAUUACCGUCGGUGGUCGUUGCGCAACACACGGACAAGGUGAUAUCGGGCCGCUGGCAUCCGGUCGAUUUCUCGUUUCUCUCCACCUCGGCUGACAAGACGGCCACCCUGUGGGCGCUGCCACCGAUCUAG